AUGUGCAGCGGCCCUCUUCCCACGGAGGGGCUGGUGGGGUUUUUGUCCGGGAAGUCAACUGGCGGCAAGUGGGUGGACGAGUACCUCGGCGUGAAUGCAACAGUAAUGAAUGGGGCAGCGGCAGGCGAGAAGUGGGGCGUGACGUUCAGCGGCGCCGGGGCCGGGGCGGAGUGGCCCGUGGGGAAACUGGGGCAGAACCAGCCGUACUACUUUGCGAACAACGAAUUCACUCUCGUGGCGACGGUGACGAUCCACGCGGUGCCGGAGGAGGACGACGCUCCUCUGCUGGGGGUGAGGAUGAAUGACUCAGAGAGCAGUGUGCUCUUCGGCCUCUCGUACACGAAGGACAAGAAGUGGAGGCCCACACUUCAUAACACUGCUGCCGAGGAGCCUUGUGGUGAGACGUGGGAUCGAGACACAACGUACCAGGUGGCCGUGAAAAUGAAUACUGACGACGAUUGGAAUGUGUACGUUGACGGGAGGGAGAUUUACGAGGGGGAAUACGCUGGCGCCCUGUUCGACUCGCACCGGAUCUCGCACUUCUACUUUGGCGGCGACGGGGCGGAGGGCGCAGAGGCGGGCCCCCACGUGACUGUGGCCAACGUCCUGCUGUACAACGAAGCACUCACUAGUGACGAGAUCCGAAAGCUCGCACGGAGCAAAGUGGCUCUUGGAGGAACAGCUGCCGGGAAAGAAAGCCGCGAGCUGCAGGCGGUUCCUCCGGCGUCCACCUCUGAGGGUGGGGAGUCUGUUGCCGAGGUGGAGCCUGAAGUUGGCCGCGGUGAGCAGCAAACGGAGGACGGCGAGCGCACGGAGGGUCAGCAGGAGCAAAAGGACGCUGCUGCUGUUGAGGCGCCGGCGCGUGAGGAACGUUUGCCGGCGGUGUUGGGGAGUGGCGGUGCAAGUGUCUCUCCUCAGCAGCCGGCAAAUGCAGCGCCUCCUGUCGUCGGGGCACCGACAGUUGGGGGCGAACAGUCGCACGAAGCGGAAGCGGGAUCUGCUGGGGACCCGGCACCGCGGAAGGACGACGCAGGAGCGCCGGACCCGAGAGCUGCGCAGCAGAGCAGCGACGUGGAGGCCGCCCCUGCGCCACCCGCCGUGGACUCCCCCCUCAGCCCGUCGGUGGAACACCACCAAGAAGAAAAAGAAGUUCAGCCACCACCAGCAGAAGAAGGAGCGGCUACUCAGUUAUCGCAGGGAGCAGACAAAGAGACAGGCGACGUGGCAGCACCUUCUAACGGCACACCCAACUCCGACGCAGAGGAAGCAGAAGAGGCGGCGGACAAAAAAGAAAAGAAGGAUGAGGAGGAAGGAGCGACAGAAGGCGGUGGCGGUGCAUUGGCGCCCCCACCGUUGAAAGCUCCAGCUGCGGCCAGUGCUCCUCGCCCAGGCGCAGCUGAGCAGGCCGUCGGUGCGGAAACUUCUGAGCGGCAACGAGGGUCCUCGCCUCCCGCGGACGGUGCAGUCACGGCGGCGCCGGUGGGUGACGCGACUCCGCGGAGUGGGCCCAUGGAUGACGGUCAGGCGCAGCAGACCCCUCCGUCGCACGCGCCAGAGGCCGUUGGCGGCGUGCCGUCUGCUUCCGCCGCGCCCACCGGCGAGACGCCAAACGCUGCCGCCGAAGGAAGUGGCGCAGACCCCCAAACUGCGGCGGACGUGGACGGCGGCCACGAGGCACCCAGCAACGCCGCCACGGCACCCGCGGCUCAGGCGCCUGGGCAGCCAGGCACCCCGCCAACACGCGACGCUGCAUCGUACCUAAGCAACAACUCUAUCACCUUCAAGAACACCACAGGGCCGUUCCCGAUGAACACAGGCAGCGACGGCGCUGUGCGUGGGUGCGUGUCACGGCUGUUGCUGCUUGCCCUGCCGGGGCUGUGGGGCGCGACGGCUCUCUGCUGA